GACUUCCCCAAUUUCGUCCGGUACCUCCCCUACAAACCUCUACUUGGCUAUGUCUAAUUAAUCUUAGGCUUUUGGCAUAUUCUCGUACCAUCUGACGGCCACCUCUUCCUCCAGCUGUAGCUGCUUACUUGCUAUCAUCUCAGAGCCGAAAAGACUGAGAUUGGUCGCGAUGGCGAAUUGCCUUGCAGCUCCUAGGCGGCCUCUUCUGGCACUGCCAUUCCUUCUGCCCUCUCCUUACGAGUGCGUCACCCUAGGUUUGCGACGCAAUCAGUCUUCAUACAGGCGCACAAAGCAGCGUCUACGUGUCAAGCCAGAUGCCUCAUUUGGCUCUUCUGUGAGCCAUUCUCAAGAGGAUCAUAUCAUCUACAACCCACCGUCAAGUGCGCCGUCAGUUUACCACACGCCCACUAAAUUCCUGCCCUCUGAUGAUAUCCGGAGAAAUUUGCGCAACGCGUCUGUCAAGGGUAGCAACGCCGAAUCCCUUCCCCUCGCAGCCAAAGUGACCACCGAGAAAAAAUACCAUCUAAACCCGUCAGAUAUAAGAGAGAUUCGCAGGCUCAGGGCCACUGAUCCGAUGACAUGGAGUCGGUUGAAGUUGGCCAAGCGCUUCGACUGUUCCCCAAUGUUUAUUGCAAUGGUCUGUGAGGCUAGUCCAGAGAAGAAGGACAUCCAAAAGCGAAUCCUGGAAGCUGUGCAAUCAAGAUGGGGAUCGAAACGUCGGAUGGCCAGAGAAGACCGACAGCUGCGGAAGGAGACAUGGGGAAGGGAUCAGUAAAGCCACAAUCAGCUUUUAUUUCCCCCCACUUGUCUUUACCUCAAUCACAUUUUCUGUCACGCACCGCCUUACUUUCGAUUGGGUGUACCAAAGAGACUUGUUCGCUUGCGAACAUGCAUCGAGGAAGCUCAACAUUUGUAUAAAAUCAUGUAUUCUAGCGUUGUCACUCUUGGGAAAUGAAAUGUAUUUUAGAAGAUUGGCUGUGUUAUUGGCUUUGUUUCCUU